AUGGUCACUUCAUCAAUGCAAUUGCUUAUCUUGCAAGCGCUUCUAUUCCUUGUUGUGAUGACCUUCGCUCUUCAAUCACAAAGGAAUCAGAAAGCAGUAAUUGCUGAUUUGGGUAAACUAAUUGUUGACAAUUGCCCACCAAUGCUGUGUACUGGUCUUGAUUGCGCUGUGGUGACGGAAAGAAACGGUUGUCAGUUAUGUGCUUGUCCUAUUGGCUCACCAGCUCGAGGAUGCGAUCCAAUGCCCUUCAUCCUAUGGCACGAUCUAAUUGUUAACGGAUGUCCAAACGUCACUGUCAAUGGUCGCGACCCUGCACAGAAAGUACACCGAUGGUUUCGAAGAGUGAAUCGAUUCUCAAAUACGGAUCAAUGUGAACCAUAUAUUUUUCCAUACUGUGCUGAACUGGAUUUUAACCUGUGGCGUUCACCGAGGACUAAACGAGAGUGCGAACUUUACUGCUAUUCAUUAGCAGAACAACGAAAACGUGGAAUCAUUUAA